AUGGGGGUAAUAGUCUCGUUGAGGAAGUUUAUGGUCAUAUCUACGGGAAGUUGUUGUAGAUUUUGCCGUGUGCCAAUCAGCAUGUAUUUGGUCUUUUUCGGGUUAAUAAGCAAUUCAUUUUCGGAACAACUGUUUGCAAUCAAAUACAAGUCUUCCGGUCGAGUUUGGGAUGACGGUCGAGUUUGGGAUGACGGUCGAGUUUGGGAUGACGGUAUUUGCAGAGGUGGAGCGAACAAUCUUAACCUCGGGAUAGCGCGAAUAUUCGUCGAUUACCACGAAGAGCAUAUCGCCGGGGGGAAGAGGGCCACAGAAAUCGACAGAGAGUUGUUGCCAAGGGGCCUGUGGUAA